AUGUCCUCCACCCCCCCAAAGAAGGGGGACGUGGAACCCCAAGCUCAGUCGCCUGACGGUUCCGACCCCCCGCCGCCUAUGGACAGAGAAGCCCAGGAGACACAAACGCAAGGACUCGGCUACGACUUCGAAGUCAAGGAGCAGGACCGCUGGCUCCCCAUCGCCAAUGUCGCCCGCAUCAUGAAGAUGGCCUUGCCCGAAAAUGCCAAGAUUGCGAAGGAGGCCAAGGAGUGCAUGCAGGAGUGUGUGAGCGAGUUCAUCUCCUUCAUUACAAGCGAAGCAUCGGAGAAAUGCCAACAGGAAAAGCGAAAAACCGUCAAUGGCGAGGAUAUCCUGUUCGCCAUGACGUCGCUCGGUUUCGAGAACUAUGCCGAAGCCCUGAAGAUUUAUCUUUCGAGGUAUCGCGAG